UCCUCCUUACUCCUCGGUGAACGGUCGGACAGAUUCGGUCUUUAGUUGCUAACUUGGUUUCCGUCGUUAAGCACACAGUGAUCAUUAAUAUAGAUAAUGUUUUAGUAGUAUCAAGGAAUGAUAAUUUGAAAACUUUAUGAGCAAUGGAAACAUUUGACGAUGAGAUACAAAUGUUCGACUUGAACGAAGAGAAGAGUAUCGAUCGUAAACGUAUGAAAAGGGAGAAGUACGAAGAAAUAAUUGCCCAGGUAUUGGACGCUAAAGCGAGAAAAAACAAAACAUGGGCGGAUCGUGUUUUAACCAAUAAAUUCGACGUACUUCUUGAAAACGGAGAGAAGAAGCUUAUUGAGCCAUUGAAACCAGGGAAAAACUCGAUCAGAUAUUAUGUCCACGAUGAUAUUUUGAUUGACGUACUGACGGAGGUACAUGAAUCGCUUGGGCACGGAGGCCGGGACAAAAUGUAUCUCGCUUUGAAGGAAAAGUACAAAAACGUUGGAAUCCGUAGUAUACAGGAAUUCAUACAAGGUUGCAACGUCUGCUGUAUGAAACUCCUUUCUUUUAAAAAUGUGACAAAACCGGCAGAUUUUAUUAGCAGAAAUGUCCCAUAUGUAAAAGAAAUACAGGUUAGAGGUCACGUGGAGUUACUGAAUUUUAGCCAUAAUCCCGACGGGGAGUUCAACUACGUCAUGGUGUAUCAAGAUUUGGAAACGGACUUUACGGUUUUGAGGUCGGUUAGAACUAAUACUGCGGAAGAGGUUGCAGAUAAGUUGGUAGACGUGUUCACAAUGAUCGGAGCUCCGUAUGUUCUCGAGUCCGACGAGGAAAGGAUCUUUGUCCACGAGAUCAUCGCCGCACUUAAACGACUAUGGCCAGAGUUGAAAAUAGUCAGCGGGAAAACUUCUGCUAUCAAAUACGAUAUGACACUCAAAUUCGUCGAAAUGAUCGAGACCUGGAUGAAGGACAGUAAGUCACAAAAUUGGAGUCAUGGCCUUAGGUUCGUCCAGCUCCUUAAGAACAUAAGCGUUCAAUCGCAUUACAAAUCUCCUUUUGACUUAGUUUUCAAACAAAGGAUCAAAAUGGGAAUAUCCUCAGACAUCGUGCCUUAUUCUCAGCUGGCCAGUCUGAAUACAGAAGAAGACUUCAUCGAAGCCUUACAACAAUUAAAAGAGCCCCCUGACAGUCCUCACGCAGACGGGAUCAACAGAGACAUCGUCAUUCAUGAUUUAACUGAAGCAGAUUUAACUGACUGAGAUAGCGAUUUGAUGUUUUGCAGCCAUUAUAAUUGGACUAAAUGUGUCACUACCUCUCUCGAAGAAACAGUGAAUGUGGGAAAAGAUUGAUCCCUCUCAUUGUAACGCUGGUUCAGAUUUUUUGUGUAUGGUUGUGUAUGUUGAGUAUGUAUGUGGAUGGUGUUUAUGACACAAAAGUGAUGUUACCUGUUAUAUCCAUCCUUUUGCCAGAUUGUCAAUUAGCAUUGUUUCAAUCACGUUACAGUUACAGGCGUGAAAUAAAAAAACAAUAUAAGAUUAUACCUGUGAUCUUUGUAUUGCAUAUUUUUCAUAUAUUAUGAUCCUUUUAAACUACUUAACUGACCGCAUAUUUAUCUAGUAAUAUGAUAAAUCAAUAAAACACUAACUAAAACUAUACACGCCAACCUUCAAAAUCACGUUUAACAGAAACGAGUGAAUAAAUUAUAAUGGCGAUAUUCAGUAUGUGUUUGGUAUUGCGAUCUACGCUACUGAUUAGUCCCGCUUUUAACGGUUUCAUUUGAAAAAGUAAAAAUAACUACCAGCAUAUAUAAUUAUGUAAUAACUGUGUUUUACUGUAUAAAUUCAUUUCUAUUGGGUAGUCUUUUUGAUACUUCCCUGAAACUCGUGAGAAUGUGUGGUGAUUAGUGACCGUUAAUCGAUAAUUAUUCAGAAAUCGAGAGA